AGUUGCAAUUCACUCUCGCUUGCUUCCUUUAGAAACUCAAUCAAGCCAUGAUUUAGAGAGAGAAAAUGUACUAUAUUUUGAAUGAGGGGAGAGAGAGAGAGAAGGAGUAGGUCUAGGAAUAAAAUGAGGAGUGUGGAGCGAGGAUUUGGGCGAGAAAAUAUAUAAUUCAUUGUAACUCUAGAUUUGCAAAACCUUUUAAAGUUCUUGAAAAUCUUGGCAAAUAAAAUUACAACCAAAAACUCUUUUAAUUUCCUUUUUUUUUUUGUUUGGAUUUUCUCUCAUAAUCAUAUGAUCUGUCUCUCAGACAAAACAAGCAAAUUUGGUUUAAGAAAAAUCCGAAACCACUUCCAGAUACUCUCUCUCUGUGUUUAUACUCUGAAUUUCACUCUCUCUGUGUCUCUGCUGCUUUUAUUGAUUUCCAUGAUUUUUUAAGCUUAAAAGACUCAUGGGUUUUGCUAAUUUUUCUCUUAAGAUACCGAUCUUGACUUUCUACAAUGAGAGAUUUGGGUAAUCUUUUUUAAUUCUUUAGAUUUUCUUCCCCAUAUAUACUCAGAUUUUGAUUUCGAAUUAUGGGUUUUGUGAAUUUCAACAUUUGGGUGGUCUCUAUAUAAUAUCUUUGUACCUGGGUUUGCUCCAGAUUCCUUGAAAAAUGUUCCUCUUCUGUAACAGAAAAUUUUGGGAGAAAACCAUAGUCAAAAUCUCACCUAGAAUUUAAGAUUUUUGCGUGGAGUUUCUCUCUAAAUCGCUUCCAUUCAUAUGGGUUUGUUUCAGAAUUCCUUGAAAUCCUUGAUUUUGUAUGUUUAAUUAGAUGGAAGAUAACAGGAAUGGCACAAGAAGACCAAACCCCAAAGUGUAGCAGUAGUAACAGCGGCGGCGGCGGUGGUGGCGGCGGCGGCGGCAGUGGUGGUGGUGGUAGAUCAUCCAAAAAGCAGAAGCAGAAGAAAGUGCCACAAAGAGGACUUGGUGUGGCACAACUGGAGAAGAUCAGACUAGAAGAACAACAAAAGAAAGAUGCCGCCUCUGUAGUCUUUACAGCACCACCACCACCACCACCACCACCACCACAACCUCCUAUACCACCAAAACCUUCAUAUACAACUUUAGUGCCAAUCUUGAAUUACAAUCCCUCAAAUCAAUCUACCACUUCAGUCCCUUAUUCGACCGAUCUUUUAUCGCAGAAUUCCAUAUUUAGGCUGCCUCAAUCUGUAGAGAUUCCAAGUCCAAACACCGUUCCAUUGGUUCCAGGGUUUGUCAAUGGUUCUAAGGCCUGGAAUUCUCGAGAUUAUUAUGAUCUUGAUAAAGAGACUUCUUCUGGGGUUGAUCCGGGUUUGGCAUUUCGGACGACUUCAAAUUUGCCUUAUGAAUCAAGCCCCAUUUGGCCUCUCCCUAGUACGAUCCAAAGAGCACAACAAUACCUACAACCUCCUUCAAUGCAGGUGAAUUCAUCAUCAUCUGUAGUUAAUUUCCAGAUAGAGCCCCCUUCAAACCAAAUUUACUAUGGCAAAUACACACCAGUACCAGCUAUGUGGCCUGAGGAAGAGAAGAUGGUUGGCAUGAAGAGACCAUAUCCAUUCUCCAUGGACAAUCCUCCAGGCCCUCACUCUUUCCCCCACAAAUCCCCCGCUAUUGUUCACUCAAUCAGCAGCAAAUCGGAUGAAUCGAGCAACAGUGGCACCUUUUGUUUCGAACCCGGAAACCAGAGUUUCAGGGAAGGUGGUCCUCCAUGUUCUGCUGCUGCAUCCUCUGAGCCCGAUCCGAAGAAAUGUAACAAAGGAAAUGGUGUUUUUAAUGGUGAUUUUCUCUCAUUAGCCCCUCCUACAACUACUUCAGCAUGUCCUACUUCAAACUUCAUCUACCCUUCAGCCUAUUUAGCAUCACAAAACCAUGAGUUGCCUGAUUUUGGAUUACUGCCUUAUCAAGGAAAUGUGGAUGAUCCACUGCUGCAGCCGAGACCUGGCCGUUCGAAUCAACAACAACAACAGCCUUACUAUAGCUUCUUUCCGCCGGCAACGGCGCAGAAUGGCCAAGAAACAAGCACCAUUAAUGGUGAUAGUGAAGUGGGAGGAAGUGUUGAUCUCAAUUUGAAGUUGUGAAAAAAUUACCCACAAAUUUCAUUCAAGUUUUAUUGCUUCUCACUUUGUGAGAUCAUAAUAGAAUUUGGGAUUAUUUUAGUUGACAUUAAAUUUUCCGUAAACCCCCCUUCAAUACUACAUUUUUAUAUAUGUUGUGUAUUAUAUCGGAUAUGAGCAGUUCUCAUGUAAGUACACUCGUAAAUUUUAAAAUU